UUCCCACACACAAGCACCCCUUGUCCACGCGCAGCUAGGGUUUUGCUCCGCCGCAACCACACCCCCACACUUCCCUAGCCCUACACCUCCUGGCGGCGGCGGCGGCGGCGAGCAGCAAGCAGUCGGCGGCAAGAUGAGGCCUGUUCUCAUGAAGGGGCACGAGCGCCCGCUCACGUUCCUCAAGUACAACCGGGACGGCGACCUGCUCUUCUCCUGCGCCAAGGACCACACCCCCACCGUGUGGUACGCCUCCAACGGCGACCGCCUCGGCACCUACCGCGGCCACAACGGCGCCGUGUGGUCCUGCGACGUCUCCCGCCACUCCACGCGCCUCAUCACGGGGAGCGCCGACCAGACCGCCAAGCUCUGGGACGUCCAGACGGGGAGGGAGCUCUUCACCUUCAGGUUCGACGCCCCCGCGCGCUCCGUCGACUUCGCCAUCGGCGACCACCUGGCGGUCAUCACCACCGACAGCUUCAUGGGGAAGACGCCCACCGCGCAGGUCAAGCGCAUCGCCGAGGACAUACAAGACCGUACGGAGACGGAGGAGUCGGCGCUCGUGAUCUCCGGCAUCACGGGGAGGAUUAACAGGGCCGUGUGGGGACCCGGCAACCGGACCAUCAUCACCGCUGGCGAGGAUGCCACCAUCCGCAUCUGGGACUCUGAGACCGGAAAGCUGCUGAAGGAGUCAGACAAGGAGGCUGGACAUCAGAAGGCAAUUAGCUCACUCUCAAAAUCCUUAGAUUGGUCUCAUUUCCUCACAGGUUCCUUGGAUAAAUCUGCUAAGCUAUGGGAUGCAAGAACACUGACCCUGAUAAAGACAUAUGUCACAGAGCGACCGGUUAAUGCUGUUGACAUGUCUCCUAUUCUUGAUAAUGUGGUUAUCGGAGGUGGACAAGAUGCGAUGAAUGUUACUAUGACAGAUCGCCGCGCGGGUAAAUUCGAGGCCAAAUUUUUCCACAAGAUUUUACAAGAAGAGAUUGGUGGUGUUAAAGGGCAUUUUGGACCAAUCAAUGCAUUGGCAUUUAAUCCUGAUGGGAAGAGCUUUUCGAGUGGUGGCGAGGAUGGAUAUGUGAGGCUACACCAUUUUGAUCCCGAGUAUUUCAACAUCAAGAUGUAAGCCUGUGAAUUUCUGAAGCUUAUGCCAAUCUUGGGUGGCCUCCUGCGGGACUAGUGCGUGUGAUGAAGUGGUCUAGAGCUUUUGCAAAUUGUUGCUUGCGAUCUUAUGGUGGGUUAGCAUCUAUGUAUGAGAUUAUUGGAUCUGCAAUUUGUGGACGUUGAGGAUGGAUAUGUAAUGGUAUGACAUUGGAAAAAUUAUCACAUAUCUUUAGCAGGAUCUUAGUUUGUCUUGUGCACUCAUUUUGCUAUCUGCUAACGGGCCAUGUUGAACUGCCAUUAAUUGUUGUGUGUGUGUGCGCGCGCGCCUCUUCUCUUGUGUUG